GAUUGUAUUGCGUCCGUCAUCGCUCAGUCUUUGCCAGGGAUGCCAGGGAAAAAAGGGAUCAUUCCAUAUGAAGCAGUUUUUGACACGCAAGCGCAAGCACGUAAAAGAGGAUACUGGAUUCCUGGCGUCCCUGUCAAUGCCAAGAUUGUUAAAGUGGAGAGGAACACGGAUAGGCGGAUACAUCUUAUCAACACGUUACUGUACACCAUUCAGCUGGAACAUGGACAAUUCAAGUGGAGUGUUGUACGAAACUACAAGGACUUCACUGCUUUGAACAGCAGGUUAAAGGCGCACAGAGCUGCACAACAAUUCCUGGCUCCUGUUCGGAGAGCUCAAGAGCGUGUUGAUGCGAUGUUGGAAUCAGUCGGUAUUGAUGUCAUUCCUGAUCACAAAGAGGACUGUCCGUACUAUCGUUCCAGUCAUCGCCGCAGACGACAUGACUCGAAGUUGCCUGUGCUGAAGCGUGACGCCGAUCCAUUCGAAGACACGAGAACUGCAUCUGUUACAUCGCCCGGGAGCACUUCGCCUGAGUUGGAAGAAGCUCGAUUAAAGAUAGCUCAAGCUGUUCAGUCGGGCAUUAUGCAAGAGGAAGGAGAUGCUCCCGAAGAGAGGGGAACCAAGAAGAGGAGGACAAGAAAAAAACAUACCCUGCCCCAUUUUCCUAUCAUUCCUGAUUCCAUGGUAUCAAAUUUGGAAACCAGGAAGGAUCAACUGGAGAAUUGGCUUCAAAUGCUGCUACACAUUCCAAUUAACAGGAAUCACCACGAAACUGCAGAGUUUCUGGAGGUUUCUCGUUUUUCCUUCGUCAACGAGUUGGGCGGAAAGCACACUGAAGGUUUUGUGAAGAAGCGCCCUGGUGGUGCUCGAGUGUUUCUUGGUUGGAAGCAGUGCUGUGUACGAUAUUUUCUUCCUUGGAGCAAGAGGUGGCUAAUGGUUCGAGACUCUUUCGUGGCUUACAUGGAUCACAGAACCGAACGGAUCCGGUUGGUGCUACUGAUGGACAAAGAUUUCAAAGUAGCUGCAGGCGGAAAGGAAGCUGAUGGCAUACCGACGGGUCUUAUAAUUUUCAAUACCCAACAUGAGUUACAUCUCAAGUGCCGGCGCAUCGAAGACACAGCUCGAUGGAAAGCAAUCAUUGAAGAGGCUAUGAACGGUAUAGGAAACAUUUGGAUUCAGCCACAUCGAUUCAGCUCUUCUUUUCCAAUCCGAGAGAAGUCAUACGGAAAGUGGUUUGUUGAUGCUCGCUCGUACAUGUCGCACGCUGCCGAUAUGAUGGAGUUAGCUAGGGAGGAGAUCUUCAUCGCAGGAUGGUGGUUAAGUCCAGAAAUCUACAUGAAGAGACCAGCAUUGGAGGGGAACUAUUGGAGGCUCGAUGAAAUUCUCAAAAGGAAAGCGAAUCAGGGCGUACACAUUUUCAUUCUCAUGUACAAAGAAAUGGAAAUGGCUCUAGGUCUGAACAGUAUGUAUAGCAAGCGCACGUUCCAGGCUCUCCACCCAAACAUCAAGGUCAUGCGUCACCCUGAUCACUAUCCAUCAACGGGCACAUUUUUCUGGGCACAUCACGAAAAACUAGUUAUUAUUGACCAACUUAUCGCAUUUGUUGGCGGAGUUGAUCUAUGUUUUGGUCGUUGGGACGACCACCACCAUCUUUUGACUGAUCUUGGAUCAGUGCAGUUCGGUCAGCAGCACCUUAUUACGCAGGAUAUCAACAUGGCUUCCGGGUUGAGGGCGUUAGUUAGCGCUCCACUUACUCUAUCUCCACUCGGCUUGGAGGAGAAUGAAGAAGUUGAUUCCAGUAAAGGUGCCGAAGCUCCGGAUAAGAAUGAAGGUAAGCGUAGUUCAGAGGAUCUCCCAAAUCGCUGCUUCAUCGCACAUCCUCCAUUGCUUUUUUCUUUGCAGAGGGUCACUGAAAUUUUGUCUGAAUUGAUAACGACCACAAAGAACAAAAUUUCGCCAACCCUCCAGCGGAAACGAGAUGAAAAAAUCUUGAUUCGCAGUAUCGAAGAUUUCAACAGAGAAUGUCAAUACAUGGCAGGUCCACCACCUUCCGUACUCGAUAAAGCCACGAAAAUGGGAUUGGAUUUUUCAACAGCUGUGGAAAAGUACAAGGAAUAUGUCGAAAGUGGUGCAGUGCAAAAGGAAAAACAUCGCUCUCAGACUCCACCGUUGAAAAGACGUGAAAGUCGGUUUUCCAGAGUGGUUGACAACUGGAAGAGCAAUAGAGCCAGAAAAAAGUGGAAGCAGGUGCUAGACUCCGAUGAGGUGACAGCUGGUUAUGAGCUAGAUUUUCUACGUCUGAAACAGAUGGAUUCUGAAGAUAAAGACUCUAUAGAUGGUGGUGUGAAGUUGUGGAUAGGAAAGGAUUACGUGAAUUACAUUCACAAGGACUUUGUCGAAGUCGAUCUGCCUUUCCAUGAUUUCAUCGAUCGCGGUGCUACACCUCGAAUGCCAUGGCACGACAUCCAUUCUGUAACCUUCGGAGUACCUGCAAGAGAUGUCGCCAGGCAUUUUAUUCAGCGAUGGAAUGCGACCAAGACGGAAAAGCUCAAGGAUGAUGAAAGUCUCCCUUAUCUCCUCCCAAAAAGUUACGAAAAUCUGAAAGUGCCUCGUGUGUUCAAGAAUCCAGCUUUUAGCUAUAACGUUGACAUUCAAGUUUUACGCUCACUCUCGAACUGGUCAGGAUUGAUAAAUCAAACAGAAGAUUCGAUACAGAUGGCUUACCUUUCGCUCAUUGCUAACUCAAAGCAUUUCAUUUACAUCGAAAAUCAGUUCUUUGUCUCUAUGAUCGAUUCGAACGAUGUGCUUAACGAGAUUUGUAAAGUGAUCUGCAAUCGUGUGAUCCGAGCAUAUAAAGAAAAGGAACCAUACCGAGUGUACAUAAUGAUCCCACUGAUGCCUGGAUUCGAAGGUAAUGUGGGAGCACCAGGAGGAUCUUCUCUACAAGCCGUCCUACACUGGACUUACCAAUCCCUUAGCCGUGGCCCGAAUUCGCUAUUCGAACGACUAAAAGUGGUUGUACCCAAUCCACGCGAUUACAUCUCUGUGUGCUCUUUGCGAUCGAAUGACGUCCUUUGUGGGAAAUUGGUGACUGAGUUGAUAUAUGUACAUUGCAAGUUGUUAAUAGUCGACGACGAGCAUGUUAUAAUUGGAUCUGCCAAUAUAAACGAUAGAUCGCAGGUCGGAAAUCGAGAUUCUGAAGUGUGCCUUUUAUUUUCCGACACUGAAAAGGAGCCGUCAAUCAUGAACGGGCGACCGUACGCAGCUGGGAAGUUUGCAAAAUCUCUACGAGUGCGAUGCAUGCAGGAGCACCUGGGUCUACUUCCGGAUGCACGACGUCCCUCACAUUUCAAGUACGAUGUCUCCUUGGACGAUCCUGUAGCAGAAUCGUUCUUUGUUGACGUGUGGCAAAAUACCGCAAGGUCCAAUAUGUUAAUUUAUGAAGAAGUAUUCCGAACAUAUCCAACCGACAAUGUGGAGACUUUCGAAGAAUUCGAAAAGUGGACAGGGCAAAUGCCUUUGGCAGAGUACUCACCUCAGCAAGCUAAGGAAAAGCUCAGAGAUUUGAAUGGUGUACUGGUGGAGUUCCCGUUGAAUUUCUUAUGCAAAGCAAAUCUGACGCCGGGGAUCACCUCAAAGGAAGGCCUUGUUCCAAGUGCUGUGUUCACGUGA